AGCACGGACAUGCACCUAAUCACACCCUUAAGUAUUUCCUUGCAUCAUGGCAUGCAGAGAUUCCCCGUAGCAGGCCACAGACCAUGGCUCAGGGCUGCAGGCCACAAGCAAUUUGGCGAUGUGUGCAGCAGCAGCAAAAAUAGUCAUACAUAGAAAUAGUCGCAGUAGUAGCUAUGCUGGUGGUUCUUGUUGUAGUAGUAGCAUCAUCAUAUUAGUAACAUCAGAACAGGUAAUAUUGGCCUACCUACAGAGAAUUAUCAGAAGAGAGAGAGAGAGAGGAGGGGAGGAGGGGUUAAGAAGUCAGGACUGGCAGAGUGGCAGAAACAAACGGGAUAAAAAAGUUGGACCUUCGAACUUCACUGGACGGGAGAAGUAGCGCGCUCUUCUAUUCCUGUAACACGCUCCUUCACUCCUGCAAUGUUCUCUAACCGCGCACCGGGUCUAAUCCAGACACCAGAUAAAAAGAAAAAAAAAAAAAAAACUUGGAAAACUGCACGGAAGGAAAGUAAGCGGGUUUAAGAAGCAGUGACGUUUGAUGUGAGGAACAGCAGCACGGAAUAGUUAUUCAUGGAAGAGCAGACCCGUAGCCUUUAGGAAACGCGAGAUACAAUUAGUAGGGAGCGUAGAACAGCAGCAUACCUACUGGCCCUUACGAGGCUGUCAGUGAUGAGAUACACUACUUGAUUUAAAGAGAGGUGUAAUGGGCCGUAGGUUGGGGAGGCGGUGUUUUGAGAUGCUUAGGACACUCGUGAGGACUACUUCCAAAUACCACGGGGAGGUUUAGUCGAGUUCUCUUAUGUUUUCCUCAACGGUGGUGCAGAAGCCUUGCUCAUAUAUAAAAAAGAGUUCCUCGUAUAUAAGAAAGAGUUCCUGGGUUAGUAAAAGAGAAAAGAGGAGGAGGACGUGUAGCGCAAUGUCCCUCCAACCACUCCAAUCCACGCGUUUCUCUUACACCCUCAGUGGAAAUUACCGUGAUGCAUAUUCCUUUCUGGCGUAAAUGCAAAUAUAUGACUGCAACUGCCAUGGCUGUAAACUGUGGAAGGAGUAAAUUCCCCGUGCCAACAUCGAGACUCGCAAGGGCCACAGCGCCACGUGCAUGAGUGGCCCCUGGCUCACCCAAGGCUCAGUCACCCUCGAGCACCAGGAGGAGAAGGAAGUACCGUGCCCUGCUCCUCACGUAUUUCUAAUUCAACUCGCACGAAUCGCAGGAACUCAGAAUUUCGCACUGACAGUUUCAUGAUUAUUUACAAGUCCUCGAAACACAUGAUGGUCGCGGGGUGCUGUGCCUGACUCCAUGACUGUGUGACCUCGAGGUGCUUUCAGUGACCUAACUUAACCCUGGUGUGGUGGGUGAAAAGCGUCGCCACGCCCCUGCACCAGUGAGUGAUGUUACGACGAGGGACGAGACUCGGGAUUCCUCACUUCCUCUUACUGAUACUACUGGGGGCGGCCACUGGGUGCUUGGGGCUGAGGGUGGACAGGGUGGAGGUGCCCCCGCUGGUGGUGGAGGGCGGGGAGGCGCAGCUGGAGUGCGAGUAUGACGUGGAGGGCGAGCAACUGUACUCCGUCAAGUGGUACAAGGAUGACAGGGAGUUCUUCAGAUUCAUACCUGCAGACACACCGUCCAUACAGGUGUUCCGCCUUCCUGGGGUGAAUGUGGAUAAGUCUAGGAGCAACAACAACCGUGUGGUCCUUCAUCGCGUGUCCCUAAGGUCCUCUGGGAAGUACAGGUGUGAGGUGUCGGCAGAGGCGCCCCUAUUCAACACUGAUGCAGGGGGCGGCCGGCUGCUGGUCGUGUACGCCCCUAGGAGUGACCCAUCCAUCUCAGGGGUCCACCGCAGGUACGCCGUCGGGGCCACGGUGCACGCCAACUGUACCGCCUCCCCGUCCCAGCCCGCGGCCGCCCUCACCUGGCUCAUCAACGACAGGGAGGCUGAGGCGUCAUCAUUGGUGCAUUACGCCGCUAACACCACCAGUGAGGGCCUGCACACCGCCAUAUUGGGACUCCACUUCCGCACGGUACCUGCCCACUUCCGCUACGGGGAGCUGAGGUUACGCUGCGUGGCCACGGUUGCAGCUGGCCAUCGAAGACAUACAACGGUGUACGUGCGGCAUGGCCUACCUCAGUCACGCCCCAGCUGCGGGCUAACGGCCAGCUGUGACGAGGCGCCCUCCAUCCACAUCGGGUCGCAGUCUGGCCGUCUACUGUUUGUGUGUACUAUGGGAUCGGUAGCUGUGAUGGUGAUGACCCUGCUGGUAUAACACACACACACACACACACACACACACACACACACACACACACACACACACACACACACACACACACACACCACCUCAAGACGCCUCACCUUCCAAAGCAAGAUGUAAAAAAAAAAGAAAAAAAAUAAUGCUUAAAACCUUACAGCAAACCGACAAAGAAAAAAUUUAAUUAACAACAACAAACUUCUCAAAAAUAAUCAAACUUCAAACCACGUACAUUCUCUCUCUCUCUCUCUCUCUCUCUCUCUCUCUCUCUCUCUCUGUGUGUGUGUGUGUGUGUGUGUGUGUGUGUGUGUGUGUGUGUGUGUGUGUGUGUGUGUGUGUGUGUGUGUGUGUGUGUGUGUGUGUAUGUGUGUAUGUAUGUGUGUGUGUGUGUGUGUGUGUGUGUGUGUGUGUGUGUGUGUGUGUGUGUGUUUGUCCUUCGAUGAGAGAGAGAGAGAGAGAGAGAGAGAGAGAGAGAGAGAGAGAGAGAGAGAGAGAGAGAGAGAGAGAGAGAAAUACACUAAAACCAAAACAUAAAACCUGUUAUUGAAUUAUUGAUAUAUUUUUUUUUGUUUCUGUAAAUCAGUGAUAAUUUAGAACAUUAAUUUCCAUAUACAUAAACUGUCAAUUUGUCUACUGAUAGCUAUGUAUGUCUGUAUGUCUGUCUGUUAGCCUGUCUGUCUAUCUGUCUGUCUGUCCGUCGUGUCACGUAGAGCCCUUCAAACAUUAUAACGUUUUAUCGAUCCUUCCCCAAAAAGUUUCAAACGCACACCUGUAUAUUCCAAGUUGAUUAAACCGCCACGAGCCGA